AGCCUGUUGAACGGCGGAAGUAUUUUGAUGGAUUCAUUCCUGAGUCUUCCACAUCGUAAUUCCCAGGAUCCCGCUACGUCGUUCUCGCUUUCGCUCCCUUCUGAGCCUCCUGACGUUGGGAAUUGGUUCUCAAGCUAUGAAUACAAAUCUCCCGAUCCGGAUUCAAAUGUUAAUUUUGAAGACUCUGCUUUCCAAGGGUGCGAAUCCGAAAAGGAUGAAGAGAGGGAGAAAGAAGAAGUAAAUUACCCAAAAAUCAGGUCGGACGACGAGGUGGUUGCCGAGGAGAAGCUAUCAAGAACAAGUACUUAUUUUGGAGAUGAUAAGCAUAACGAAGACCAGUCUUUGGCGAAGCCGAAGGAUCUGGAUACUUUCAGCUGCCUCUCAGCACUCCUUUCAGAGCCUCCUGAUAUCAGAAACUGGUUCUCGAGCUAUGUUUACGAGUCUCCUAGGUCUGGUACGAGCAGCUAUUUUGAGGAUUCUGUUUCAUCAAAAGAGAAUGGACGUGAGGAAUUGAAUCUUGUUAUUCGAGAAAAAGAUGAGCAUAAAGUCAGUAGUGAUAACGUUGACACAGAAGAAGACACAGGCACGGGGGCAAAUCAGUUGUCAAGCAGGGAAAAGGCAUGUUUUGCCAAAACUUCCCAUCUGGAAAAGGCUGUGGAGCCAUGUAAACAGCAAGAUAGACCGUCUCAACAUAAUGUGAAUCCAAUCAGGUACGAGGAGUCGAUGAGCUUGAGUCAUGGAAGUGAUGGGUGUAAAAAAGAACACACUCUAACGUUGGACAUGGGCAAGAAUUGUACGAGGACUCCAGAUUCGGUACACAACACUGAUAUGAAAGAAGCUACGUCAAAAAAAAUGAUCAAACAUGAAAAUCGUGGCUCGAGUGCAACAACUCCACCAAAGGUAUUCUCAGAAUGGAAGUCAACUCGCUCAAGAGAGAAAGAGAACAUAGAUAUGACGUCAAUGAAUGGUUUUGUGACCGCAAGGAAGAACAGGGACGGUGGAACAAAAGACGAAAAUUGUGGGAAGGAGACACAAAAGAAGUCAUCAUCCGGUUUAACAAAAGGGGGAGGAGAUUUUACGGCAUGCAAGAAGGAAGGCGACAUGAAGAGAAAGGCAUUUGCAGAAGUAACAAAUAUUGAAGUAUGUAAUGACAUGGAGGUUACAGGGAAAUGGAAGUGCCCUCGGAAAGGUAAACCAAACGUUGGGCCUCCUCUGAAGCAGCUUCGCCUUGAGCAAUGGGUUCAUAGAAAUUGAAACGUUUUCAUAGUUUGUCUGGAAAUGUUUCAUAAACACCUGUCCAUUUUCAGCUGCUGUAUGCCGUAGUUUACAAGCAACGCAGCAGCAAUAGAGUUCGAUGUUUGUGCUCCAUGUUGCUCUUCAAUACUGAGACUUGAAGACAAACAACAAUCCUCAGUUUUAGGUAACUAAUGCCA